AUGCCUCGCGUUGCCCAGAUGCCGCGCUCCGGCAGCGCCAGAUCCGUGUCGGGGUCGCUCAACUCACGCUCACGAGACAGGAUUCCCCUCAACGACGAUGCCGAGGAGCGUGGCAAGCGCAUCAAUUCCCGAAAAGCCCUACACGACAAGCAAAUCAAUCAACUCAAGGCCGCCGCCUCCGGUUCGCGCAAAUCGAGCCUCGGGAUCGAAGACAUUGAAAAUGCAGCUCCAGGUUCCAACGCCGGCACACCACGUGCUUCGCGUGGCCUUGACCUUUCCGAUGACCCCAUCAUGAUCAAUGGUGUCAAUCUCACCCCCGUCAAGCGCGUUCCCAUUCUUGCCAACUUUGAGGAAUGGAUGAAGAUGGCCACCGAUAACAAGAUCAACGCCACAAACUCCUGGAACUUUGCCCUCAUCGACUACUUCCACGACAUGUCCCUACUCAAAGAGGGUGACGGUGUCAAUUUUCAGAAAGCCAGUUGUACACUGGAUGGCUGCGUCAAGAUUUACACAAACAGAGUCGAUAGUGUCGCGACCGAGACGGGUAAGCUGCUCAGUGGCUUGGCCGACAGCAACAGCAAGAAAAAGGCGGACGGCGAAGGUGGAACCGGUGAGGAGAGCGAUGAUGAAGUAGACGAAGAUGGUAACGUCAAGAAGAAGCCCAAGAAAAAGUCACAACGAUCCGAAGCCACUCUGGCGCCCUCCUUCACAUCACUACAGCUCAAAAAGUUUGAGCUCGAGUUCUCCGUCGAUCCGCUCUUCAAGAAGGCGUCUGCCGACUUUGACGAGGGCGGCGCCAAGGGCCUACUCCUCAACCAUCUCAUGAUCGAUUCACAAGGUCGCAUCGUCUUCGAUAGCAGUGACGACACCGACACGCCGGGUAUCGCUGGUGGAAAUAAAGCCCAAGAGGAAGUUAAUGUUGAUCUCGAUGAGGAUGAGGAGAAUCUAGAGAGUGAAAUCUCACAACUUCAAAGUGACGUCGAGGCUCUUCGCAUCGAGGAGCCUGAGCCGGAGGAUGACCCGCGAGAUAUUGAGAUUGACCUGACUGGUCUGCGACAACGCUACUUCCCCAAUUUGAGCCGGCUCGAUGAUUUUGACGUGUGUCCCUCACUCAAGAAUUUCGAGCUGGGUGACCCUUCCGGAUCCAUGGAUAUUCCCUUCCUCAAAGCCCCUGAGGACUGGCGCGGAGACGAAGACGGCCGCCUGCCUGGCGCAUUUGGCGACAACUCCGGCAUGCUCAUCGACGGCGACGCGCCCAUGGGAUUUGACGAUGACGACCUAGGCCUGGGCAGCUUUGACAUUGGCGAUGAUGUUGCCUUUGGAGAGGGUGGUGAAGCGUGGGCGAGAGAUGCGGCGCUGCAGCCCCAAAUGCGUGUAUACGAUAACCCCAUGGCAGGUGAAGAAGGUGCUGAGGAGGACGAAUAUGAUGAGAACGGCGACUAUGUCAUCUCCAUAUCCAACCCCCAGAACGCCGAGAAGAUGCACCAAGAUAUUCUAGGCUUCUUCGACCAGGCGCUGCAAAAGAACUGGACGAGCGCCGAGCAUUGGCGCAUCCGCAAAAUCAAAGACACAAAUAAGCCUAGUAGCGAUGCGCCCAAAAAGCGUAAGGAAAAGGAGCCCUUCGAAGUCGACUUUGGCUCCGCGCUCAAUUCGAGCCUUACCGACGCCCUCUACACACGAGCCGCGAGCAACACCAGCAUUAGUCUGGCCAAGAAGGACUGGAAAUCCAAAUCACGCAACCUACUGCCCGACGACAAGCACUUCAACUCCAAGUCGCUGCUGAGCCUGUUCCUCAAACCCAAGGCGCGCCUGAUCCAGCGCAGCACCGGCAACCCGCAGAGCGCGCGCCGCAUGUUUGGCGGCGGCUCUGCCAACGACAUGGACAACCAGCCCGCGGGCGAGCUGGACGAAGCCUUUUGGGCGCAGCAAAAGGCGCCCGAGGAGACGGCGCUUCCCGGCGGCGACUACGACGCCAACUUUUUCCAAGACGACGCGCUACCAUUUCCCGGCGGCGGCGGCGAUGAUGAUGACGAUGACGACAUGGAGUUUGCGGAUGCUCAGGAGCACCUAGCCGGGGCUGGGGCCGACAUGGGCAUGACGGAGAAUGUCGGCGGCGUGACGGCCAUGUUUGGCGGCGAUACCAUGGCGAAUCCCAUGGGCGCAUUUGGCGACACGCUCGUCGCCGCAACGAGGCGCGUACGUCCGGAGUAUGUGCAAUACGCGCGCGUGGCCAAAAAGGUCGACAUCCGCCGCUUAAAGGACGAAAUCUGGAAGGGCAUGGGCCUUGAAGCGCUACAGACACCACCGGCCAUGGCUCCUCCCGAACCUGCCAGCCGCCGCUCCCUCUCCGAGCAGCAGCCGCAGCCGCCGCAGCAGCCGCCCGAGGACGCGGCGACGAACCCGACGCUCAAGUUCACCAAGGUCAUGAAUAACCUGCAGCGCGUGUACCCCAAGCCCGUCAUGAAUGACAUUUCCACGUCGUACUGCUUCAUCAGCCUGCUCCACCUCGCCAACGAGCGUGGCCUCAUCAUCAACACCACCGAGGACCUCAAAGAGCUCGAGAUUCGCAAGGACUGGACCGCCGAGGUCAUUGAGGGAGGUCAUUGA